GGACAACUGUUGCAAACGUCGGGAUUCGUCUGGUUCGUUAUCUCUGGAAAGUCAACUGCUCAUACUCGAUUUAAUGCCUCGCCGACCAAACUCCGAUGGAUCUCGUUCGGGUCUUCUCAAUUUAUUUAAGGCUUGUUCGUCAGGGUUUUAGCUUUGAAUGUUUCACCACACUUCAAUUUCAGCCCUCUCAACUUCUUCCCCAACGAAGACCUAGCGCCUACCUACCCUACGAUUUCCCCUCGAAUGGAUCUUGAGGUCACGCCGGCCGGAGCCAACUCAGACACUCGAUCAGACUCUCGGAUAUCUCAUUUGGCAUUGGAUAUUGGAGGAACUCUUGCUAAAUUGGUGUAUUUCUCUGGGAACGAGAAUCUGUUGAAUGAUGAUCGAGUUCAGAGUUCUGCAGAAGUUGGUGGAAGAAGUAGUUCCAUUCUCCAUGGGAGGCUCCACUUUGCCAAGUUCGAAACUGGAAAAAUUGAUGAGUGUGUAGCGUUUAUUAACAGCAAGGAACUCGGUUCCCAGCACCCAAAGGAACUUGGCAAUGGAAAAAUUGUAAAGGCCACUGGUGGUGGAGCAUUUAAAUUUGCAGAUCUCUUCAGGGAAAAGCUUGACGUUUGUCUAGAUAAGGAAGAUGAAAUGGAUUGCCUUGUUGCCGGAGCAAAUUUUCUUCUGAAGGCAGUCCACCAAGAAGCAUUUACAUACAUAGGCGGUCAGAAGGAAUUUGUGCAGAUUAACCAAGAUGACCUGUACCCUUUCCUCCUUGUAAACAUUGGCUCUGGAGUCAGCAUGAUUAAGGUGGAUGGAAAUGGAAAGUUUGAGCGGGUAAGUGGAACGAGCCUUGGUGGCGGGACAUUUUGGGGUUUGGGUAAGCUUUUGACAAAGUGCAAUAGUUUUGACGAGUUGUUGGAGUUGAGUCAGCAAGGGAACAAUAGAGUGGUAGACAUGCUUGUUGGAGAUAUAUAUGGUGGAGGAGAUUAUAAUAAGAUUGGUCUUUCAUCCACAGCCAUUGCUUCUAGCUUUGGCAAGACUGUUUCAGCAAACAAAGUGCUUGAAAAUUACAGGACUGAGGAUCUCGCUCGGUCCCUUCUAAGAAUGAUUUCAAAUAACAUCGGACAGCUUGCCUAUCUUACUGCACUUCGAUUCGGACUUAGGCGGAUAUUUUUCGGAGGAUUCUUCAUACGUGGUCAAUGUUAUACAAUGGACACCAUAUCCGUUGCCGUUCAUUACUGGUCGAAGGGCGAUGCACAAGCAAUGUUCAUGCGGCAUGAAGGAUUUCUUGGGGCCUUGGGUGCUUUUAUGAGCUAUAACAAACAGGGCCCUGAUAACUUCAUACAUCUCAUGAAACAAGACCCAAAACACGAGCCAGAGUUUGAUGGUACAGCGCCGGAAGAGGAAGACAGUGAGUAUGCAAGUAUAGAUUGUUUCUUGGAUUUGGCUUAGUUAUUCAGCCGCAAAUAAGACCACUGUUAGUGCCUUACUCUCUAAUACGCAUCACAUUGAGAUAGAAUGAAAUAAAAUAGACUUUCUAGGACUCAAAAUGUAGCCAUCUGCAAAAACUAAUAUUGUAUGCUUUCAUUCAAUAUAUCCCCCAUAGAUUCCCA